AACAAUGUCCACCGAUGUGUACAGAAGAACGUGAUUGUGGGCAGACAUUUUGGCGUAAGGGCUGCAACCUACAGCUUCAAGAUUCCAUCCAAGUGUUAAUGUGGGAGAAAGAUGUCGAUUGCCCCUCCUCCAGGUUUCAGGGGUGUGGACCACUUAACUGCCGAGGAAAUGGAAGUAACAGAGGCAAUAAGAAAGAAGGGAAGAAAGUCAGCUUUAGGCUGCAGCCUUCUCUUUGCCUCAUUUCCUCCACUUUAUUGUAUAUUUCGAGGAAAAAAGCUCAAUUUGAAGGCAGUUCAAAGUUUAGCAAAUCCUCAAACAUGGAAAGAACAGAUAAUGCCGAGGUUAAGGGAGGACCGCAGGAAGCUGAUGAUUCAGAUACCUAUUUUUAUUUUGGGGGGUCACAGUUAUGGUGUGAUACACCAAAAAAUGAAGUUUAGAAAAAAUAUAAUGAACUCCUCUCUCCCCGACACCAGUUAUUUGAAGAUAGCAGCUAUAGAAAACAAACCUUAUCAUGUAGUUUUGAUGGAAAAUGGACAGCUGGCCCAGGAAAAGGUUGACCUGCGAUCCCUGUACUCCAACAGCUCUAAUGAGGAGCCUACUCAACAAAGUGCCACUGACCGGCAGUUUUACGAUAACCCACUGCAGAGCUCCGAUUACAAAGAACACUUGCCAGAGGAAGGAAUUGUGGGAGGAAAACAGAGUGGAAUAUCAGGUUAUUCAUCCAGAUAUGCAUCCCGUUUUCAGCCAAGAAAACCACCGAGAGAUGGUGAAGAUUUCAGCUCUGAGGGAUCUGCACUGGAAACGGGUUUCCAGAAAAAUAAGGAAGACUUACAGGAGGGAGAGAAAGUGUGGAACAUUUAACUUACCAUACUGAGAAUAUUGUUACAUGUACAGUAAUUGAGACUUACAGGAGGGAGAGAAAGUGUGGAACAUUUAACUUACCAUACUGAGAAUAUUGUUACAUGUAAUUGAGACCAUCAGGCUAUAAAACUGAACUUUUACGGAGUUUUUUUUUAUUUCGGGGUAUUUGGGGGGGGGGGGGCUGUCAACAGGCGGGUGCACUGAGGGCUCCUCUUCUUCAACUCGUGUCAUCACCUGUUUUACUGUAUUCUACUCAGCACCAAGAGAAAGGUGUUACUGUGGUUGCAUUCAGCAUGAAUCCCCACAGAAUUGGGCCUACACUGAUCUAUGUAGAACAAUAGUUACAUUGGGAAUGAGCCCUUAGGCACUUUUAAGAUCCCUUGUGAAACAGUGAUAGUCACAAAAGGGCAAACUUCAUUAUUGAAUAUUUUGGCCUACUUCAUUCAGGGAAAAAUGUACAUGGAGUAAUUACAAUAAUCUGAAGUAAAGCAAUUAUUGAUCUUACCUUA